CUCGACGCCCUCUUCUCCUUCACUCAAGCCCCGACAUGCGCUGCUUCAGGUCGGUACGCGCGCAGAUAGCCCUCGCGGUGCUGGUAGCCACCGCGAACGUCGCAAACGCAGCUCUAUACACCGACGCGUCGCAGCUGCCGACUUUGAGCUACGACUUUGUCGUCAUCGGAGCUGGCGCGGCCGGCAACGUCAUUGCCACGCGACUUACAGAGAAUCCGAACUUCUCUGUUCUGGUUAUUGAAGCAGGCAUCUCCAACCAAGGCGUCUUGGGUGUCGAGGUGCCGUUCCUGGCCCCGUCUAACCUGCCCAACUCCUCGGUCACCUGGAACUACAGCACGACGCCCCAGGCUGCGCUCAACGACCGCGUUUUAACGUACUCUCGAGGGCGCGUGCUUGGCGGCAGCAGUUCCAUCAACUUCUUGACCUACACCCGUGGCUCCGAUGACGAGUACAACCGCUGGGCAGCGCUGACAGGCGACCAGUCUUGGGCGUGGAACAACGUGGAGCAAUACUACCUCAAGAGCUCGCGUCUCGUCCCCCCAGUCGACGGCCACAACACUACUGGCUUGGUCAUUCCUGCGGACCAUGGCGUUGGGCCAGUUGAGAUCAGUCUCCCCGGUAUGCCCACCGAACUUGACGAACGUGUUGUCAACACCAGCCAGUCCUCCGGCGCCCAGUUUCCGUUCAACGAGGACAUCCAAUCUGGGAAUUCCGUUGGUGUCGGUAUCGCCCAGUCGACUAUCGGCGGUGGGGUGCGCAGCAGCUCUGCGACGGCAUACCUUGAGCCCAACAUCAACCGGACGAACCUCCAUGUCCUCAUUGAUAACACGGUGACGAGGCUGGUUCAAUCGGGCUCCACCAAAGGGACGCCGGUCUUUAAACAGGUCGAGUUCGCGCCCAGUACAUCUGCCAAACGCACGACUGUCACCGCAAAGAACGAAGUCGUCCUGUCCGCCGGCUCCGUUAACACUCCCCAGAUCCUGAUGCUCUCCGGCAUCGGCGACGCGAACGAGCUCCAGUCGCUCGGGAUCAAACCCAUCGUGAAUCUGCCUGACGUCGGGCAGCACCUGCAGGACCACCCGAUCAUGUCCAACUACUUCGUCGUGAACUCGAACAACACGUUCGACGACGUGCUGCGAAACGCGACGAUCUCCGAUGCAGAUCUCGCGCAGUGGAUGGCGAACAAGACGGGCCUGUUCGGCAACGCGCCCGCGAACGCCGUCGCCUUCCUGCGGCUCCCGGCGAACGACAGCAUCUUCGAGAGCGUGCCGGACCCCGCGGCGGGGCCGGGCUCGGGGCACUACGAGAUGCUCUGGGCGGACGGUUUCGCGGCGACGACACUCGCGCAGCCGGCGACGGGGCACUUCGUGACGAUCAACACCGCCGUCGUGUCGCCGACGUCGCUCGGGAGCGUGCGCCUCGCGAGCGCGGACCCGUUCGUGUUCCCGCUCAUCAACCCGAACUUCUUCAACACGAGCUUCGACCAGGCCGCGAUGCUCGCGGCCGUGCACGCCGCGCGCGACUUCAUGGCCGCGCCGCCGUGGCAGGGCUUCGUCGUCAGCCGCUUCGGGCCUGUCGGCACCGCGGCGACCGACGCGGACAUCGUCGCUGCCGCGCGCGACUCGAUCGUCACCAUCUGGCACCCGACGUCGUCGGCGCGCAUGUCGCCGAAGAACGCGUCGUGGGGUGUCGUGGACCCGCAGCUGCUCGUCAAGGGCGUGAGCGGACUGCGUAUCGUGGACGCCUCGGUUAUCCCUAUCAUCCCUUCUGCACAUACGGUCGCUCCCACAUACAUCCUCGCGGAGCAUGCAGCCGACAUGAUCAAGGCAGCUUGGUAAACACAGUCCCUGUGAACAUCACAGCAGCUUCUUCUUCUCCUCUCAUCUGGAUUCUGGCCUGAAGGACUUGCCAUUUCUUCGCUUCUCUCCAUAAUGUACCACAGCUGUUGUAAUAUGAACUCGUGUGAUUGAGUAUUGGCGAAUAUAAUAUACAGUACGGCUCC